AGAGAGAGAAGUAAAAUGAGCAGAAAUUAUGGGAAAAAACAUUCCCUUCUCCAACGUAGUAGCCUUCACCUGCCAGCAAUGAUUUCGAUAGCACAUUCUUUUAGCCUCCUCACAUGCAACGAUGAGUUUAUGCACCGUAUUCUUCCCUGCACUGCACAUGGAUACGCCAUUAAAGUCCUUAUACUUCUACUACUAGUGUAGUCAAACCUCCUUUACUUUCAUCGACGCCGCACUGCGCUUCUUUUCUGCUUUCCCUUUUCAAUUUCAAGGCAGCGUUUUUGAAUACCCAGACAUUUUCUUGAUCCCAUAUCUGGGAAAUCAGCAAAAAGAUUUGUUUUUUUCUCCACUCCCAGAGUUUUUCAUGAUCCGGGAUCUUCAGUAAAAGAAAGACUGUUCUUUUUUUGCAAAUGCAAAGGCAGAAUCGGGUGGGGAUUGAGGGAUUGGUACCCAAAGUCCGGAAAAGGGGCUGCUCGUCGCCGUCUUCUGCAUCGUCGAUUGUUCAUAGCUACAGAUUCAAGCGGGCCAUUGUGGUGGGGAAGGGCAGGCACGGACUGGGAAGGUCCAGAUCUAACACCCCCGUGCCGACCUGGAGAACGACGCCGUUUCUGAGAGCCGCCGGUGAGUCCCCGGGGACAUCCCGCCCCAUCUCGGCGCGGAAGCUGGCGGCGACUCUCUGGGAGAUGAAUGAAUUGCCGUCGAACAAGAAGACGAUGAUGAUGAUGAAGAAGGAGAAAAUGAGGCCUGCUUCUUCCCAUUUGUGCGAUCCAUCUCACAGCCCAGUCUCUGAGAGGAUGGAUCGAUCUGGAACGGGGAGUUACCAGAAGAGGAUAUCGACUUCUUCUUCCCACAGGACGAGGACAGAAAACCACAAUGUUGGAGUUUUAGAUAGCUCGAGCCUAGUGGAGAUGGAGACCAGAUCCCAAGCAAGUGUUAAAAACCGUCUGAAAGAUGUUAGCACUGCUCUCACAACGUCGAAGGAGCUUCUGAAAAUAAUCAACCGGAUUUGGGCGCAUGCUGGCCCGCCUUCUUCGAGCAUGUCUCUUGUCUCGGCUUUACAUGCUGAACUCGAAAGGGCACGUUUGCAGGUAAACCAGCUUAUUCGUUCAGAUCAGAACGAGAUUAGUUACCUUAUGAAGUGUUUCGCUGAAGAGAAAGCGGCCUGGAAGGGUAAAGAGAAGAAGGCAAUUGAGGGCGCGAUUGAGUCCAUUGCCAAUGAGCUUGAGGUAGAGAGGAAGCUAAGGCGAAGAUCUGAGAGCUUAAACAAGAAACUCGGGAGGGAGCUGUCAGAAACAAAAGCUUCGUUCACCAAGGCAGUGAAAAUGCUUGAGAAUGAGAAGAGAGCGAGGGAGAUAAUAGAACAAACGUGUAGUGAAUUAGCAAGGGAAAAUGGUGAAGAUAGAGGAGGCCCUAAGGUUAAAGGAAAUUAUGACAUUGGCAAACAAAUUGCUGCAUACUUGAGUGAAACUCGGUUUAAUUCCUAUGAGAACGAGGAUAAAGAUGAUUCCGGGGAAGUGGAUAAUGUAGUGGAGUGUGGCGAAAGCUCAGCAGAAAGCGAGCUUCAUUCAAUUGAGUUGAACGUGGACAACACUAACAAGAACGACAAGUGGGCUUAUCCAUCUGGCAUUGAAAUGAAGACGAGAAGCUUUGUUUCUGGGCAGGUACCCAGAAGAAGCACUUCUCUUCUGAGGAGCACUUCGGAUGUAGUAAUUGACUGGGGAAAUCGAGCGGGAUAUAUUCAGAACUCUGAAGAACGAUUAGACCCCGAGAGACUCCAGAAAUAUGGCUAUCUGGAAGAAAUACAAAGACUAAAAGCUGCUGCAGGCCUCAGAGAUCACGCGUUAACUACUGCUAGGAAAAGUUCAGGCAGAGAUGUGUGUAGUCCAUCGCGACAUUGGGACCAACUGCACGAUCCUUGUGGUACCGUUUCUGAAAGAUCUAGCGUUACUCAUGGCGAUACUCCAAAGUCAAGGCUGGCGGAUUUCAAAGGGGAAGGGCAGAGCGCAAGAAGAGCAAAACGACGAGAAUGAGCAGUCGGUCUGAUCUAGUUCUUCUGGAUUAACAUGAACCCAGUUUUGUUCUGAAACAUUUGACAAAUCCUAGGAAGGAAUGAUGAACUGCUUUUUACCAUCCUUGUAUAAUAUCUCAAGCUGUAACUCUGAUUAUUAUGUUUUCUAUGAAAUAUGCUUUUUCUUUCC